GUUAUUAAUCUAUUUAUUUGGUGUAAAAAGUAAUAAUAACAAAAUUAGAAUAAAACAAAAUUUCAAAAUACUAUUUGGUCGUAAAUGAAUAGAUAAUAGGAUUCUAAAGGGAAGAAAACUAGUUAUAGACAGUAAUAAGACUACGGCUAAUAUGAAUAUUCUAAAUAAUACAAAGAUGAUAAUAAACCAAAGCAGGAUUAUGAAAUAUAUGAGAAAGAGGACUAUUCGGAAUACAUAUAAAAAAAUGAAUAAGACAAGUAUUACUAUGAAGCAGAUGAAUAUGAACAAUAAAACUAACAUGAAAAUCCUUAAGAUUAGUAGGAAGCAGAGCAUUUUGAAGAAGUACCUAACAUCAAAAAAAUUUUAGCUAAAAAAGUUUAAAAUGAUCAAAAAAAUAAAUUGAUUUAAAGCAAAAGUGAAUAAGAAAAUAAUCAGAAUGGUGAAGAAGGUUAUGAUGAUGAGGACUAAAACGAUGAAAAUUAUUAAUAAGAAGAAUAAGAAGAAGAAGACGAUGAUGAAUAUUAAGAAGAUAAUGAUGAUUAAAAUAAAACAAAUAAUUAGUAAAAGUAAUAAAAAUAGGGCAACUUAACGAAAGCUACCAAAAAAGUCUUCAAAAAAUAUGAAGAUUAAGGAGGCUUAAGUGAUGAACAAGAAGAUGAAGAACAAUAUUAUGAAGAGGAUGAAGAAGAAUAGAACUUAAACACAAAUUAAUACUUAAAAUAGUAAUAAAAUACUGGAGGGAUAUUGAAGAAUUCAAAGCAAAAUUAAAAUAGAAUUAAGACUACUUCAAACAAAAAUAUUCAGGAUGUUGACGAUGAUGAUGGAGAAGAAGAUGAUCCUGAAAAAGAAACAGAUUACCCUGAAUAAUCAAAUUAAACACAAUAAAGCAGCAAAUCAGGAAACUCUAACAAUUAUUUAAGAAGUACAAAAUCAUUUUAAACUAAGCAAGAGAUCAAAUAAGAGGAAAAAACUUUGUCGUAAAUGUCAGAGCCUUUCGAUAAUAUUUACAACACUAAAAAAUAUCCGUUGGGAAUUGUAGAUGAUCCUGCUCUCGAAGAAUAAAGAAAAAAUCUAUGGAAAACUUUUGGUAGAGAAUGUGCUGCUGGUAGAGAACUAUUUUCACUAUAUAAGUGUCACAUGCCUCCUAAAAUAAGUUAUCCUAAGCCUAAGUAAAAAACUGCUGAAGAAUUGUUACCUAAACCUAAGGAAAUUAAGCCUUGUCCAUAAAAAACAUAAAUCAGCUAUCCUCCAUUGAGUUAUAAAGAACCAAAAUAAAAAUAUUUCAAGGUAGAUUUCAUACCAAAGCGUAAACCUGAAUCUGAGAUUAGAAAAGAACUGGAAGAAAUAGCUAGAAAUCCAUAUAUCCCUGCUAACACAGGUAAAAACAGAAAAGAGCUUAUUGAGAAAUUAUAAUAAAAGUUUAAGCAUUUAAGAGGUGGUUUACCAAAAGGAGCUGAAUUACCUCUUAUUGAUGAAAAUAAGUUGGUCUGUGAUGAGGAAGCUAUUAAAAACCAAGCUAAAAAGAGGAUAGGUAUGAAAAAUAAAAUAUUCACGGGAGAAUACGAAGACAGAAACGACUAAAAAACUGUUAUUUCAGAUGAUCCUGUUUAAGAAUGUAAUAUAUUGUUUGAUUAGAUUAUGCAAGAAAUCGAAGAAAGAUAAGAAUAUUUAGAUUCUAUCAAAGACCUCAAAGAGCCUAAGCUCAAAACAAAAAUAAAGAAAGAAAUUAUCGAAAGAGUAGCUGAACUACAAAAGGUUACAGAGCUCAAAUAAAAAUAUAUGUGA